CUCUCUACGUCUUCUCUUCCACACCUUCGCUUCCCUGAUCUCGUCAUCGUCCUUCUUUUUCGUUUUCGUUUUCUUCUUAUUUUCUUCCCUUUCUUUUCUUUCUUUCCGUGCAUCCUUGCCAUACCCACCCCUCGUCAAUUAUCCACCCGGACGGUCCCCCUUAUUCUCGCCUUCUCGUCCUCGUUCUAUAACGAUUCCUCACCAAGCUUCGUCUAUGCUCUGGCUCCCGUAAUAUCCACCCCCCAGGCGCGAUGCCUUCUAUUCCUAUUCCCCGUCUUUCUUUCUUGUUCGGCCUAUUUUUCGUAUCCAUUGUCUCCAGCAAGCUCGUCCGCCUUUACAUCCAUAUCACAACCGUCCCCGUGCUGGCCUUCGCCUUCUAUCUCCCCACCUUCUUCAUAUUCGACUUGAUCGUCAUCUGCUUCGCGAGACUAAUCCUACAGCCUGCCAAGAAUUCCGUCACCUUCCUAGCCUCAGUUAUAGGAGGGUUAUUUGCCGUCCUGUCACUUGCCGGAGCCUCGUCUGAACUCGGCUUCUUCUUCAAGACAGGAGGCGAGAUCGACUGGCGAGAUGCCUCCACAUAUACAUCCAGCAAGGAUGCCUUCGAGGUGUUGCUCUCCGGCAGUAUUGCCGUAAUUCUAUCUUCCUGUGUCCUCGUCGUCAUCACUUGGUUCUCUCACAACAUCCUCUACCAAGUCAUGGGCGCCUUCUUGGCAUGGAUCGGACAUGAGAUUGCAUCAGGCUGGAAUCGAGUACGAAUGCUCGCCCCCAUUAGACGUGGCAAGUACACCCAUUUGAAAGACAUCGACGACAGCGAAAGCAUAUACCAACAACUCCCCACUCAUUCUGUCGACGACGAUGCCGAGACCUCCCCCUUCGGACGCGCUCACGCCCGGCCACCGUCACGAUGCUACUUCUCCCCCUCCCUGCUCUCAUCGUGGGUCGUCAAGGCAGUCACCCUGGCGUUUCUUGUCGCUGCCCUCGUCGUUCGACCCGCCAAGCCUUACAAUUCCAUGUCCGUCACAUUGCCAGUCUCGCUGUUCGACGCCUUCCGAGCCCGUACGCAUUUUUGCCGCGAUCAGAAACGUAUCAUGGAGAACAAGUGGCCCUUCCCGAAGCUCCUCCGCAAAUCACGAUGGGAAGAUCCUGAAGGUGACUUCAAGGGCUGGGCUCCCGGCCCCAAGAGCAAAUUGGCCGCCCGUUAUCGAGACAGGAUCCCGGACUGGUUCCCUACUACCUCAGUUCCCCGGGGUUUCUUCCGAUGGGACCCCGAACGAUUCACCAACCCGCCCUUCGGGUCUUUCCUUCCUACCACUUCUAUCUCCAUGCCGCCGCCUCAUGAACCUCAUCAGACGCCUCACAGUCGUCGUUCUGGCGCUGCGAAUAAUCCGCCUCCUGCUCCGAGUCAACCAUCGCCAACAUCAGCACCACCGCCAACGUCGCCGACUUCCUCCUCCCCCCUCCACCGUCGCUACGAUUAUUCCAAUGGUCGAAAAGGACCGACCGACGUGGAGAGAAACCAAUGUCCUGAACUGUCCGACUCGAAUCCUUUCUAUAACCCCGUAAGCGACCCGUUGAAGAUCACCAACCUUGACAGCGACAUCCUGCAGCCCCUCAAAGAGGCACUCGACAACGGCUCCGUCAAGAUCAGACACGUCGUCCUCAUUUUAAUGGAGAGCCUGCGCGAGGAGCUCUUCCCCCUUCGACAAGGCUCGGAUCUCUAUAACACCAUCCUAGAGCACAAUGACGAAAAGGAUCGGGACCAGGUAGAGGCCCAGCUGGCUCGUUUGACGCCGCACAUCGAGAGGAUGAUUACUGGCCGCUCGGGAAAUCUCACCAGCGCCAACGGCUCAACCCUCGAGUUCCCCGAGCUCAAGUGGAACGACACGACACGGCCCGACUUUGGCGGAGUCAACGUCGUUGGCGCCUACACCAGCGCCACCAUGUCCACGAAGAGCUUCGGCGCGACGCACUGUGGCGCCUGGCCCAUGCCCGUCGACACGUUCGACGAAGCCGACACGGACAGCUAUCAGCCCUGUCUUCCGCAGAUCUUCGAGCUUUUCGGCCGGGGGAAGGGGGCCGCCUCGAACCAUUCAUCAUCCUCUCGUGGGGCCUCUCCGGACCGUUUUCAGAAUCAGCCCUGGUAUCCCGCCUUGUUCGAGGCCCAGAUCGAAGAGUACGACAGGCAAGAGGUGUUCGACCGGAAGCUCGGCUUCAAGCACAUCGUCACUCGGGCCCAGCUGGAGUCCGACUGGCGAUACAACAGUUCGGACCCUCUUUACCACAAGGUCAAUUACUUCGCCUACCCCGAACCCGUGUUGAAGCCAUAUCUCAAGGAAUACAUCACCGACGCCCUCGCAAACAAACGACGCAUGUUCCUGUCGCAUUUCACGAGCACAACGCAUCACGCCUGGGACACGCCCGACGACUUUGACGUUGUUUCCUAUCUGCCCUCGACGGGCUUCACGUCGUCCUGGCAUAAGGACUUUAACAAGUACCUGAACACCAUCCGCUAUCACGACGCCUGGAUGGGCGAGCUGCUGCAGAUGUUCGACGACCUGGGCAUCGCGGACGAGACGCUCGUGGUCUUCGCCGGUGAUCACGGGCAGGCCUUCCAGGAGGACCACCACAAGACGGGCACGUACGAGAACGGCCACGUCAGCAACUUUCGCAUCCCCAUCACCUUUCGGCAUCCCCAUCUGCCCCGCGUCCAGUACGAGGCCAACGCGACCUCCAUCUCCAUCCUCCCCACCGUGCUCGACCUCCUCGUCCACAGCGGCUCGCUCGACGACGAGGACGCGCGGAUCGCUUCGGACAUUCUCCACGACUACGAGGGCCAGUCGCUGAUUCGGCCUUACAAGGCGUCGCACAACGGCCGCCGGGCCUGGAACUUCGCCGUCGUCAAUUCGGGGGGGGGCAUGCUUGCGGUGACAUCGGCCGACGCGCCCUGGCGGCUGGUCAUGCCGUUGGAGGGCAGGGCGUACGAGUACCGGGUCACCGAUCUGAGCAAGGACCCGCGCGAACUCGGGCCGGUCAAGUCGUGGUCGGUCGACGAGGCCGUGAAGGCAGUUGGGGAGGAGAUGGGGCAGGAGGCUGCUCAGUGGUUGAGCGAAGCCGUACCCGUGGCACGGUGGUGGAGCUUGGAGCGUCGGCGCCUGUGGAGGCAUAACGCAGUAUGAAGGCAUGUUUUUUUGUACCAUAACAGUGUUUCUUUUGGCGAUUUUUGGGUUCAUGAGACGGGUAUAUCAUACAUGUACGGGAUACCGGGGGGGCGUUUGAAGAUUUCAGGCAGUUUGGUGGCAUCAGGCAAAGCCAAGUACAAUUGUGCUCCCCAAAAUUAGUUAUCAUUAGACUUUUUAUAAAUAUUAAACCUACAUAACAUGAC